UUUAUGGAAGAUAUUAAUGGAAAAUCUGGAAAUUCCAACAAUAAAUUUCAGAGGAAAUACAAACACCACUACCCCGAUUAAAUGCAAUUUUUACAAAUUUGUUGUGGUGCCUCUGUGCGGUACAGAAGCUAAGGAUAAGCAAUUGUUGAAAUUUCUAUGGCAACAAAUGAAGACAAUUUCACUGAGCAAAUUUUUACUAAUAGCUAAGCCGCAUGAACGGAAUGAUUACAUUCGAAAUAUAUUACAAUUUGGCGUGGAAAAUAAAGCCCUAAAUACGAUGGUUGUCAAGGAAUCAUUUGUGGAGUUAAGGGAAAUUUUUCUACCACAAAUUUAUCCAAAAUUUAAAAUGAUUAUUAAAAAUAUGGCGGAUUUUGAAUAUUAUCCUGAUCCGUUGAAAAAUAUGCACCAAUAUCCACUUCAGAUUGGAAUUGUGAAUUCGAGCUAUCGAGCUUAUAUUUCAAAAACGUUUGAAAACCAAAUCCAUUUGUCUGGAUAUUUGGGUUCCUUCUUCACGGAGUUCGCCCGAAAACACAAUGCCACCAUACAAAAACCAAACAAGAUGCUGGGAGUUGAACAUUAUUAUUUUAGUAAACAUCUGCAGAACCUACUGGAAAAUGGAACAUACGAGAUGCUUGCCGAAAUUUCGGUGGAUAUAUUCGGAAUGAAUCUUGAUUUUAGUGUGAUGUAUGAUUUUUUGGAUUGGUGUUUGAUGGUGCCCAUGGAACAACCUUUAAAUUCCUAUGAAUAUUAUAUCAUCACUUUCGAUAAACAGAUUUUGAUUUUAAUACUAUGCUCACUUAUUUCAUUGUCUGUUCUUUUGGGAAUGACAUCGAACAUUAAGAGGGUGAAAUCAUUAACAUUUCCUGAUUUAUUUUUCAACAUCUAUGUUUUCAAUGGCCUAUUGGGUCAAUCAUUUAAAACGGAACCAACACCUGCAACAAUUCGUAUGUUUCUUUAUUCUUUAAUAUUCUUACAAGGCACAAUAUUCAAUACAGCUUUUGUUACGCACCUACAAACGUUCAAGGCCACACCAACCCUGCAAAAACCCAUUUUAACUUUGGACGAUAUGAGAAAAGCUAAUUUAAAAUUUGCCCUCAUAAAAGAGGAAGAGGAUCUAAUAAAGACUCAAUAUCUUUUAAGUGGAUAUGAAACAGUGUGUCAAAGUAUGGAGGCCGAUGAGUUUUAUCAUCGUCGCAAUGGAUUCGAUACCCAAUAUGCCUAUACUGUGCCCUCCGACCGCUGGAAUGUAUAUAAAGAGUAGCAGCGUUACUUUCUAAAGCCGAAAUUUCGAAUGUCCGGUAUUUGCUUUGCAAAAAUGGUCGGUGUUACAAUACCGCUUCAACUUAAUUCACCGUACAAAAAUGCCAUCGAUGCAAUGAUAGGGCGCCUUAACGAAGGUGGUAUUAUCGAAUACUGGAAGUCGUUGGCGUUUUGGGAAGCCGUAAAAAAGAAAGAGAUGUCUCUAAUAGAUACCAGCCAAAGAUUUACAUUUGUCCCCAUGAAAUUGGAAGAUAUGCAACUUCUAUGGUUACUUUUUGGCUAUAUGCUGGCACUAAUGGGGAUAUGUUUUGUGUUGGAGAUAUUUUGGUAUUAUAAAGGUUUGAGACUUUUUCGUUAUUUAAAAUAUAAUAUAUUGAAUAAAUUUUA